ACUGUUGCCAAGGGUCAGCUUCCCGGGAACAUGCCCAGGAUCGGUCCUCUGGGCUCGCCACCAGCCAGCUGACCAGGAAGGCCCCCCAGUGGACUGAAGCAUGAUCUCCAUCACCGAGUGGCAGAAGAUUGGUGUGGGCAUCACCGGCUUCGGCGUCUUCUUCAUCCUCUUCGGGAUACUCCUGUACUUCGACUCCGUGCUCCUGGCUUUCGGCAAUCUGCUGUUCCUGACCGGCCUCUCCCUCAUCAUCGGCCUGAGGAGGACGUUUUCCUUCUUCUUUCAACGACACAAGCUCAAGGGGACCAGUUUCUUCCUGGGGGGUGUAGCCAUCGUCUUGCUACGCUGGCCGCUGCUGGGCAUGCUCCUGGAGGCCUACGGAUUUGUUAGCCUCUUCAAGGGCUUUUUCCCUGUGGCCUUUGGAUUCCUGGGCAGUGUUUCUAACAUCCCCUUCCUGAGCACCCUGUCGCAGAAAUUUCAAGGCUCCAGCUCCAUGGUCUGAACCGUCGAGAUGCGCUCCUUGAACUUGGAUGGUUGGUGGAGGGGCUGGAAGGGGAAUGGGGGUAUUCCUCAUGAGCCCCCCCCUCCCCAGCACUGACUUACUUCUCAUCACACUCGGGAAGAUGGAGCGGACUGACUGAUCUUAACCCCCCAAGUUAUGUCAAGACGCUGCCAGGAGUACAGAUCCUGACCCUGGCACCCAGCGGAGGCUGGAAGCAACUUUCCCAACCUGAAUUUAUACAGGGGAGUGAAGAUUAAAUCCUCAAGCUGUGAA